AAACUCAAAAAGUCGCGUUUAUAGAGAGAGAGAGUAAUAGUUCAUUUCGCCUGAAAACCCCACACACUACACACAGUAAGCUUCUCAUGUUGUCGGAGCUCAGGCUCCAUUGACGGAGCCUUGGUUCUAUUCAUAUAUAUAUAUAUAUAUAUAUUAUAUCUGCAAUCGUUUCAUUUUCGUUGAUCUUAGGGUUACAAGAAUCAAAGAAUGUCGAAGCCUUGGGCAAAAGUCGGCGCUUGGGCGGCCGAGGCGGAGCAAGCGGAGGAGGAAGAGCGGGAGCAAGCGGAGAAGGCGGCGGCGGCGGCGGCGGCUGCUUCUGCGGCGGCGGGUGGCGGGGAUUCGAAGAGCUUUCCGAGUCUGAGGGAUGCGGUGAGCACCAAGCCGAAGAAGAAGAAGAUGAGCUUGCAGGAGUUCACGAUGCAGCGCCCAGAACCGGCGUUUGAUUACAAAGGUUUGACGCCGGACGAGAUGCUCAGGCUUCCGACCGGGCCGAAGGAGCGGUCUGCGGAGGAAAUGCAGUCCGGCCGGCUCGGCGGGGGUUUCUCGUCUUACGGCCGGUCCGGUGGAGGACCGGGUCGUAUGCGGGAUCGAGACGGAGAUGGUGAUAAUACUUGGGGAAGUAAUCGGAGAUCUUACGGUGGUGGAUUCGAUGACGAUCGUAGGGGUCCGCCUUCUAGGGUUUCGGAUUUUGAUCAACCCUCGAGAGCUGAUGAGGUCGAUAAUUGGGCAUCGGGGAAGAAAUCUCUACCGUCCUUCGAUUCCGGCCGCUCUAAUCGGUACGGGUCGCUUGGUGGUGGUGGUGUUGAGGUAAGAGGCAUGUCUAGGGCUGACGAAGUUGAUAAUUGGGCAUCUGUGAAGAAGCCAAUGCCUGCAAGAUCUUCAACUUUUGGUUCGGGUUUUCGUAAUUCUGGUCCAGAACCAAAUCGUUGGACCAGGGGAGGAUUGCGCGAGGAGGAUGGGGAGCGGGAGCGCCGCCGUUUGGUUUUGGAUCCGCCACGGGGUGAGGGAGCUAUAGUUGAGCCGGUGGUAAGAACGAAUAAGUCGAACCCAUUUGGGUUAGCGCGGCCGAGGGAGGAAAUUUUGGCCGAGAAGGGUUUGGACUGGAAAAAGCUUGACUUGGCAAUUGAGGCGAAGAAAACCAGCAGACCUACGAGUUCCCAGUCUAGCAGGCCUUCAAGUGUGCAGUCAAGUCGGUCAGAGGGUCCAGCAUUGCAGGGGAUAGAACAGUCAGUGAAACCAAGGCCAAAGGUGAACCCUUUUGGUGAUGCUAAGCCCAGGGAAGUUUUGCUUCAACAGAAAGGAAUGGAUUGGAGAAAGAUUGAUUUGGAAUUGGAGCAUCGCAGUGUUGAUAGGCCAGAGACACAGGCAGAAAAGAAUUUGAGAGAAGAAAUACACCAUUUAAAAAUGGAACUCAAGAAAGAAUCUAAAACAGAAUCUCUGCAAGGGUCUGGGGAAGAGCAAACCAGUGUACAUGAUGUAAUUCUUCGUAAAGAAAGGGAGUUGGAAUUGCUGAUCCACGAACUUGAUGACAAAGUCCGCUUUGGUCCGAAAGCCACUGAAAGACCAGGUUCUGGAGCAGGCAGAGUUGCCGCCUUUCCUGAGAGACCCCCUUCCCAGUCUGGGAGAUAUGAAGAGUCCAGAAGUAGAGAGUUCAUGGGGAGGCCUAGAUCACGUGGCACAGGAGAUGCGUGGACAAUGCAUGGCAAUGACAGAAUGUCUUUCCAGGGUGGAAGGGAAAGAGGAUUUCUGGGUAACAGGGACAUAGACAGGUCAAGGUCAAGGGAGAGAUGGUGAAAUUCAGUUUGGUGUUGAUUGAUUUAGUUCUCUCUUCAAAUUUUGGCUAUUAGAAUGAAACAAUGUUUUGUACCUUCUCUUUAUUUUUCUCAUGAUUUUGCUAUGAGGAAUGGGUCUAGACACUGUCACGGGAACAUCUGUAUCAAACUAUUGUUCAAUCUUGAAACCUUGUAAAUUCGAAUUUUUCGUUUCAUCUUUUUAGUCUGUCUCAAGGCAAGGAACUUGUUCUAUUUAUUGUUCUUAAGACUCAUUGUUUAUUGUUCUUAAGACUCAUUGUAAUGCACUUUCAGGGCACUUGCUGCUAUUGUUUCUAAGACGGUUAUUCCAAGUGUAAUACAAUUAUAUGGUUUUUUCCAUGA